UACUCUUGCUUUCUGUCAUUUCCUCUUUCUCUUUGUGCCUCCGCCAAAAGCUCGGAUAUCUUCAACAAUGGCCGAACAGACGGAGAAGGCGUUUUUGAAGCAACCCAAGGUGUUUUUAUGCUCGAAGAAAAGUGGGAAAGGGAAGAGGCCUGGGAAGGGUGGAAACAGAUUCUGGAAGAGUGUUGGUCUUGGAUUCAAGACACCAAGAGAAGCUAUUGAAGGAACUUACAUCGACAAGAAGUGCCCUUUCACUGGUGAUGUCUCCAUCAGAGGCCGUAUUCUUGCUGGCACAUGCCACAGUGCCAAGAUGGUGAGGACCAUCAUCGUUCGUAGGAACUACCUCCACUUUGUCAAGAAAUACCAAAGAUACGAAAAGAGGCAUUCCAACAUUCCAGCACACAUUUCUCCCUGCUUUCGUGUGAAAGAAGGUGAUCAUGUCACUGUUGGACAGUGCAGACCAUUGUCAAAGACGGUGAGGUUCAAUGUGUUGAAGGUGAUCCCAGCUGGAUCUUCUGGUGGUGGAAAGAAGGCGUUUACCGGCAUAUAAGAAGCUUAUCUUCUUUAUCUUAGAUUCCCAAAAACAAGUUGCUGAUUCGAGUGAAAUGUACUUGCUUAAAUACUUCUGCAGACAUAAUUUUUGGCUCUAGUCUUCUUUUUACUUCUGAUGUUUACGAUUAUGAGAUGAUUGUAAGUUUAACAAUCGAAGUUUUGAUUUGUUACAUUAUUGGUACUUUAUAGAAGUUGGCAACUCCAUUUACAUC